AUGGAGGAGGGGCAACCCUCCUCUCCUGCAGGUAGUGUUACACCUGUGAUAACCCCACCCCUAGCAAGUCGUCCAACAUGGAGUUCAUUGUUAAAGAAUACAGCUAAUACGGGAUUCACACCAUUGACAUAUUAUAGUGAAAGCCGUGGCAAGGAGAUUGUUAUCAUAGAGGAUGAAGAUAUUGUCGAUGAGUUAAGGUAUUGGAAGAAUUCUGUGGUUUGCUAUGUUCUUGGUAGUAAACCCUAUUUUCCUUACUUUAAAGCGUACGUUCAGAAGAGAUGGCACAAGGAUGCAGUUGUUGUUUCAUUGAAAGAUGGAUUUUUUCAAGGUCGUGCAAUUAUUGUUAAGAAAUGGCAUAAGAGUAUACAGCUUGAAAGAGAUAUAAUGGCCAUAGUUCCAAUUUGGAUGAAGGUGUGCGAUUUGCCAGUGCAUGCACGUAGUGGUACUUCAAUUUCUAAGAUUGUUUCUAAUAUAGCUAAACCGUUAUAUAUGGAGGAUGUGAUUCAAAGUAGGGAAAAGGGAUUAUAUGUUCAUGUCCUCGCUGAGAUGGAGGUUGAUGGUGUUUUUCCAGAAAUAAUUCAGACUAGGUUGCAUGGCUUGCCGUGUAGAGCAAAGGUGGAAUAUGAAUGGAAGCCUCAAGUUUGCAAAACCUGUAAGAAGAUGGAUCAUACUGAUGCAAUGUGUCCUUCGAAUAAGGUUAGAACUAUUAAACCCAGGGAGCAUUGGGUGGUGAAAAAAAAGAGUGUGAAGCAAGGGGAUUUGGUAAGUAUUCAAGCUGUGGAUGUUCCAAAUGACGCUCAAGAAGAUAUGGAAGGAUUUACAGUUCAGAAAAAGUCAAAAGGAAAAUUGAAGAUGGGAGAACCUGUGAUUCCAACUCCGGUUGUUUCAGUAAAUGCAUUCCAGGUGCUUGACGAUAAUACAGAGACUGAGGAGGUGUUACAGAUUGUGGAAAUCUAUAAUGAGACACUUAAUCAUGAUUUGGGAAGCCCGGUUAUUGAUCCUUUGAAGGAUGUUGUUGAUUCACAAGAAGUGGUAUUGGAGACCCAAGAUCAGUGUGGUUGGGAUCCCAUGAAGGUUGAGGUUAUGGUUAUUACAUCUACUGAUCAAAUGAUCUUACUUCAUGUUGUGAUUAGAGGUACAAAUUCAAGGUUAUUUGUUUCAUUUAUCUAUGCUAAAAAUACUGAUGGAGAGAGACAAAAGUUAUGGCAGGACUUAGUUGAUUGUGAGCAAAAGGUGGAUGGGCCUUGGUUGUUAUUGGGUGAUUGGAACAUUGUUAGGUUUAAUUCUGAAAAGAAGGGAGGCAGAAUUCAUCCCCCAAGGGUAUUUGCUGACUUCAAUAAUACCAUUGACAAAUUAUGCUUAACUGAUGUGCCAACAGCAAAUGGCUUAUAUACUUAG